CCACCCAAGCAGUGGUGUAGAGGUGACGAGUUGCCUCGAUUCUUCAGUUUCCUUCUUUUUCCAUUCCUGGGCUGAAGGAAAUACCUGAACAUGUGGAAUCCCAAUGCCGGGCAGCCAGGGCCAUAUCUACACCCCCCUAACAUCGGGUACUCUAGAGGUUGCAAUCCUGCCCAUCCACCACCUGCCACCCCUACCUUUCCUCCAGGCCCUUUUCCCACUCCCCCAGGAGCACCCCAGGGGAAUCCAGCCUUUCCCCCUGGUGGGCCCUGUCAUCCUGUGCCACAACCAGGGUAUCCAGGAUGCCAACCCUCAGGUCCCUACCUCCCUCCAUACCCACUACCUGCCCCUGGCAUGUGUCCUGCUAAUACAUUGGCUCCUGGCAUGGUAGGACCAGGAAUGGUGAUUGACAAGAAGAUGCAAAAGAAAAUGAAAAAAGCUCAUAAAAAUAAGCAGAAACACCACAAAGAUGGCAAGCAUUCCUCCUCCUCCUCCUGCUCUCCCAGCAGUGACUCUGACUGA